GUUUGCCUAAGAAGUAAGAACCGAAGGGAGGCGGAGAACCAUACUCGUCCUCACACUAAAUCGCCCCAUAGAUCUCCUCUUGUCGCCGUUCCUCCACUGACCCCCCAGAACCCUAAAAAUCAAGAACAAAAGCAGUUUCGAUCGAUCGCCAUUGGCGUCCUCGCGAAUCCUUUCGAUUCCAUAGAUCCAUACGGGGAUCUAGACUGGUCCUAAUCUGUCGAAUUCGCACUUCCCGUCCUACCCCGAUAUGGUCGCCUCCAGUAGCUCGUCGUCGGCCCGCUUCGGUAACGAUCGCUUCUACAGCCCGCCGGCCCUCAGAAGGUUGAAUGAACAGCAGCAGCAGUACCAAAAACUUCAGAAUCAGCAGCAGCAACCACCGACGCCACGGCCGGCACGGUCUAAACCACGGCCAUCUCCGCCAACGGUGCCGCCCCCCGUAGAGCCGCGCGAGGUGCCUGCGAGCAGGGCCCAAUCAGACGAGUCGUCGUCGGAGCCCUCGGUGCCUUCCUUGCCCUCGGCUCCCCAGCUGCCGCUGCCACCUACUGCUGGAAACCUCGACCGGUUUCUUGAGGCGAUCAGACCAGUCGUGCACGCUCUAUGCUUGUCUAAGACAAGCGUGAGAGAUUUGAGGAAUGGAAGUACAGCGUUGCCUUAUCAUCCACACUUUUGCCUUGGAGAUCUGUGGGAGAAUUUCAAAGAAUGGAGUGCUUAUGGUGCCGGGGUGCCGCUGGUGCUGAACGGGACCGACUCUGUUGUGCAGUACUAUGUGCCAUAUCUUUCAGCUGUUCAGCUAUAUGUGGGCGCCUCAAACUCGUCCGUGACCUCAAGGCAAGAUGAUGACGAAAGUGAUGGAGAUCAUUGCCUGGAUACUAGCAGCAAUGGCAGUUGUUCAAGUGUAGACCAGUUACAACAAAGAUUUGCAUCUUUGGAAACUACCAAUCACAAUGCACAAGGAAGCUCUACUGGCGAUGAUGCCAAUGCUUGCACUCCAGUGACUCCUGUAUUUCAGUACCUAGAGAGAGACCCACCACAUGGAAGAGAACCUCUUGCUAACAAGAUAUCAGCUCUUGCAAGUAAAUUUCCAAGACUUAAGACAUACAGAAGUUGUGAUCUACACCCAUCAAGUUGGAUGUCUGUCGCGUGGUAUCCAAUAUACAGAAUACCUACAGGCCCAACAUUAAAGGAUUUGGAUGCAUGUUUUUUGACAUUCCAUCGUUUGGCAACUCCUAAAUAUGGAACCAGCCCAAUGUGUGAAGAUGCUGGAGCUCGAUCUGCUAGAACUGCCAAGAAAUCAGACAAGCCUUUGAAGCUAACUCUGCCCGUCUUUGGGCUUGCUUCAUACAAGUUAUGGGGAUCCCUUUGGAUGUCUGAUGAACAGCACGAGCAACAGCAAGUAAGUGCACUGCUUCAGGCUGCAGAUGACUGGCUUCGCCGUCGUCAAGUAGAACAUCCAGACUACAGCUUUUUCAUAUCCCGUUAUGGCGCAUCCAGAAGGUGAUAUUUGGAGACACCGGGAUGCCCCUUAGCAUUAAUGAUGUAUCUAUCAAAUCUUUGGUGUUGAAUUCCCUUGGGACAGUUUUAGCGCCAUACACUGUUUUCGACAGAUAUACACAUGAUGCGCUAUAGCUUUCACUGUACCAAGAGCUCGACAGAUAUACACACAUGAUGCGGUAUAGCUUUGACUGUACCAAGAGCUGUAUGUUUUCACGAAGAGAGCUGGCAUAAUAAAAUCUACAUAUUAAGAGCAAAUGGAGGAACAAGAUGUGAAGAAGAUGUGAUUUCCAGUGACAGUAAUGGCCUGAUUUCCCCCAUUAUAAUUUGAUUGCUUAUUGAAAAUCCUCAGUGUUCUUCUGACAUGGCUCUAUUGUAUGAGUAUUAGAGAAAUGUGAAAUUAAUUCCUUUAUGGUAUUCACUUUUUUUUUUUUUUGUAAAUUUCUGGUUAA